AUGUGGAACUUGAGACGUCACUUCAGCUCCGUAUACCAAGCUGUGCAACCUCUGUCCUGUCGAUUAGUCCCACCUGUGGCUCACACAACUAUGAGACAGCAAGAAAUCAAUUUUGCCCUUACACUAGAUCCUAUCUUUGUAUUGAAAUCACGUCAGAAUUCAACUAUGAUUUGA